CAGUAGAAAUAUUUAACAUGAACCUGCGCCCGGCUGGUAGAUUCGCUGAUUGUUCUGAAUCGAGUAUUUCCGCCUUAUUGGAGUCAUUUGGAGUUGGCACUAGUUUUUCAAACGAGACAUAUUUGUCAAUGGAGCACGAAAACCCGAUGGAAAGUUUUCCAAAUAACUUCCGAGUUCCACAGGCCUUUUGUGUUACUCCCGAAAUAACUUGUCUGCCCUCAGAGUCGGCAACAAGUUUAAGCGAAAGCAGCAAAAGCAGUGUUACCCUUCAACUUGUUCAGGAAACAACAUUUACCAAGAAAGAAGGUCGAAAGAUCUUUGAUGUUCAACCACAAGUAAGGUAUGAAAGCUUUAAAGAUGUCCCUGGCUCGACUUGUUGCACUUCAUGUGGGAUCCGGGUCUUGACAUACACUGAAUACCGUGUAAGUAGCGCGACCUGGGCACUAGCAGGUUUGUUAUGUGCCUUUGGCUGUCAUUUUGGCUGCUGUUUAAUACCUUUCUUUAUCAAAUCAUUUAAGGAUGUGAUCCAUUUAUGUCCUCUUUGCAAGACACAGUUAGGGAGAUUUACCCAAGUGUGAAUAAAGGUUCCAUAUUCUGCAGCCGAAACUACUACGAAGGUUAGCGAACCCGAGAAUGGGCCCAAAAUUUUUGUAUCACGACCACACCCAAUAACCCUUGCAGAUUUGUCUACAUUCCUGCGUGUUGUGGUGAGUAUCUGUUUAUCAAUGCUAUUUUAAUGCAUGCAGGAAUAACAAACAACUCACUACAAUACGUAGGAAUGUGGGAAGAUCGGCUAAAAAGAGAGGGUGUUCUCGCAAUAUACAAUUUCGGGCCCAUUCCGCGGUUCGUAAUACAUAUUAAAAAGCUGGAACUUGCACUCCAAAAUCUGCAAAACUAGCAAAAGACAGUGGUUUCAUAAACUAUGGUUUUAUCCAGCGGAAACAGUAACCGUAUUCUCGAGGUUCUCAUGAUGGAAACGCCUACAAGGCUUACAAACGCUCAAGGAACGAUGUUAGGGACAUCUCCGCUAAGACUUACCAGAUUC